AUGUCUACGCAAUUACAUCGUUUGAAAGCUGAGGAAUUAUUUUCAACUCGUAAAUAUUCAAAAGCAUGUCGAACACGAACAGAGAUGUCAUCUCUCGCACGUUUUGCGAUUCUAACUCGAACUCAACCGCCUGUAAAAGAGAAGUUAGUGAGAUUGAACCAGGAUAAGCGGUUCGAGAUAGUGGAGCGGCGAACACCACGUACUUGCUCUGAUUUUGAGAUGUUACAUAACAUGCUGGACCGAUGGAGAGUAUUGGAAAGUGAACAGGUUGAUCGUGUGCUUUUCGAAAAUUCCCGCAUGGCUGCUAAGUCCGUGAUCCUAUUGAAGGAGAUAGAGUUGCUGCGUUCCAUCGAGUUAUCUAAAUCUAAAGUCCGCGAGGAGCUGAAAGAACGAAGAAAUCUUGAGUUCUUGGAUAAAUUGGCUAAGCUUGAGUGCUGGAGAGCUGGUGUUGCGGGUAACACCUCUUCUGGUGGUGGAGUUGGAAGAAUUGACACGCUCGAGAGCAUCAAGAAGCUCAUUUACGGGCAUACUUGUCAACCUGCCAGGGAGCUAGAGUAUCUUGUAGACCAGGAGAUUGAAUUUACUCGACGAAAUUUUGAUUCUGGUAUAAUGAAUCAAUUGAAAAAUCGAAUCAAAUUGGCCUUUUUAAAGUUUACUGCUCUCUACUGUCAAGCGGAAAGUAAUUUCAAGUAUCACAAUAGAGAUAUCAUGACUUUUUGUCGUCGAUGUGGUAAAUUAUUACCAAUAAGCGAAUUAAAUGAAGAUGAGCCAAGUCUUCCGACAUGCAGCAGUUGUAUAUCGAUACGUCCGAGCAAAAAUCCAAGGAUACUUUACGAGCCGUACGAACAGAUGCUCAAGGAUUUACGUAAAUCCGAAGCUCAGAUGGGCUUAUUUGACGGUCUGGCUUUUCAUAUUGACCCGCGGGUGCUCCAUCAGCUUGUCAAUUACAUCUGGCACGGAAAAUCUGGGAUCUCCGAGUUCGAUGAUCUCUUCCAAUUACGGCUGCUGCGUUUUCGGCUGGAUGUCGAAUGGUCUCCGUGGAAUUCAAUUCUUCUGACGAAACGGGAAGCUGCUGUGCACCAGGCAAUGUCCAAUCCUUGGGACCUGUAUGAGUCGAGUUUGGUACAAAAAUUUGUGCUCAGAAAUCUGCAAGCUAAAUUAUACUUUAGUUACUUGGUUAAAUAA